GGUAGUGUGUGUUUACCUCACUGUGCUGUGACUGACUCAGGACCAUGAGGAGCUCAGAGAUCCUGACCGGACUGAUCAUAGUCGGGCUCUUCACCGUCAUGUGCUCUGGACAAACUUCCCAAGAACUCACAGAUGACAUACAGCUGUCCCAGCAUGAAACGGAGAAGGAACUGGCUGAGGCUAUGACAGCACUUUUGGAAAGAUAUCAGCCUCAUGUACCAUCUUCAGAAAAACGUGGCAUUCCACAGUGUGCUGUGGGGUCCCGCUGCGCCAUGAGACUGGGUCCACGCUUUGGGAAACUGUGUGAAUGUGUCAGAGGAUCUAACUGUAACUCGUUUCUCUUAAAAUGCAUCUGAGUCAUUCAAAAAGUGGCAAAUCCAUAAUCCUUCCUCAAGCUGUAAAGUCAUACUCCUGAAAGAGGAAGUGGGUGGAAAUCUGUAUUCUGAAUCACUUGUGCGAGCUUUAUGAUAAGCAUUCAUGUAUUAUAUAUAUGCAUUAAAAAUGCAGCAUGACAAACAAUAGCAAAGCAUGGCUUUAAUGUGUUUAUUCAUUAAUAUCUUUAAAGCUUGUCUUGUGUUAUCAAUAAACAUGGAUAUUCUUCA